CGAAUACACCAACCGCCAAACAAGCUCCUGUAUCCCGACUUCGACCGAACCUCAUUAAUCGCACGCUUGUCCGAUCGAUAUUCUCCUGCCGGCAGGACCAGACUCGAAGCACAACCUCAAUCAUGGCUCAAGGAUACGCCGUCUUCAUCGGCCUCGUUGUCAUCGCCGCCCUGUGUGUGGCAUCAUGGUUCCUGGCUCCCAAGGGCGAAAACCAAGUACUCUGGCGAUCCUCUGCUAUUCUGGCCAUCGUGAGCUGCUACCUUAUGUGGGCGAUUACGUUCCUCGCUCAACUUCACCCUCUUAUUGCGCCGAGAAAAAGCGGUAUCCGAGAAGAGCACCUCCACUAGACAUCCACCUAUAAUACACGCCAAGGAAGAGCUGGAAAGAUGACGAGGGCUGUUGUGAUGGUACGGUUGUAAUUUUACAUUGUUGGACUUUUGACACUUGAACUGGUAUUGUUUUUUUAUUACAUAUGGAGUUGGAACGCCUGUUAUACCAAGCCAAAGACGCACUUUGCAGACCAU